GGUCCACCCGACGGUCCUGCUCUCGUGGCACGCACACGCACCCUCAGCCUAGGCCGAGCCCCAGACACAAGAUCCUUUAGGGGAAACCAGCCCCGCUGCUGCCUAGGCCCCUAGAGCUUCUAAGUCCCCAAGCCCGGCUGCUUGCUUGGGGCGGGGCUUCUCCACCAGGCAUGAGGUCUCCACGUUUGGGGCCCGGUGAUUCUGUGCUGGGCCACCGCGCUUGCUGCAGCGGCUGAGCCGCAUCCCUGGCCUCCCCCAUCAUGACAACCAAAAAUGCCUCCAGAUGCGGCCAGAGUCUGCUGGGGACUGUCACCUGGUGGAGAACCACUGGGGAAAGAAGCACAUUUCAAACUUUUGGGGAAGAAGUGUGUCCCAUAGAUCGUUCGAUGUGUCCUGUCCCCAGCUCUGUUCACCGAGAGCCCACCUGCUGUGAGUGCCAGGCCAAAUUUGAGGGCCGCCUGCCUGUGCCCAGGGCCGAGGCACUGCUGCCUUACUGGGUCCCUCUGUCCUUGAGACCCCAAAAGCAGAUCCAAAAGAUGGUCCGGUUUUAUGGCCCCAAAACCACCAAGGCUUGCCUCUGCCCAUGCCACCACUUUGGGGGCCGCCUCCCGAUGCCUAGGGAUCAGGCCGUGAUGCCCUACUGGGUGCCCCAGGUCCUGAGGUCUCACAAGAAGGUGGUGAAAAGGCAGCAGAGUUUUAAAGGCAUCCCAGAAGUCCCCCUGGACGUGCGCUCUGGGUACAACCGCUGGCGAAUCUGUGACGGGGAAGGGUGCCGUCUCCUCAAGUGGCAGCAACUCCAGGCCCUUCACCAGGCUGAGCCAGUGUCCCCGGGGCAGCCAGCAAGCCUCCAGGCCUCCCUCCUGCCCCUCAGUCUCAGCCUCCUGACCCUCCUCCAGGCCCUAUUGAGUGUCAUCGUGGCCAUCUGGUGUAUUGGUGUUUCUCAGAGUGCCUCUAUGAUGCGACCCUACCACACAGCAGUAAAAGGGCCUCCCUUCCCCAUACCUGCACCGGGCAUUCCUCCUCUUUUGAAUCUCUGCCAGCCUGAGAGGUUAAUAAAACUUGGUUUUCGAGCGUUUCACUGCCCCAGGAGGGCAGUGGGCCCCACGUCCAAUUCAUCAAGUGCCUAAUGAGUGGCCUCGGAGGUCCUGGCCCAUCCAUUCCAGAAGCUCUCUCUGCCUCGUAAAGGUGAGGCCUACGGGCUGCACUGUAUAUUUUGUCUGUUGGUUUCCCAAAUUCUCCUGCCAGCUCAACUGUCACUUUUCGGGAUUUAUAUGAGGCCGACGGCACCACGGGGCAGCUCCCCUCCGCAGCAGAACCCCCCUCCUUUGCUCGUUCUUCACACACACCACACACUCUGUGCCAUAAAAUAACCUUUCUGCAAUAAAAUGAAAUAGAAAUGUGUCGAUGCUAGCAUUUUAGAACAUUCCAGCCAAAGGGCUGUGGGAAAUGCCUUCGUUUACAUGAAGGAGGGAAGCUCUGUGAAACUAGGGGAUAAAACAGUGUGAGAAAAGGCCUGUAGUAAGAAGAAAUAGUCUGGCAUUUAAAAUAAAUAAAUUAAAAAUAAAACGUGCGCAUGUGCGUGUGUGUGUGCGUGCAGUCACUACAUUCUUUAUGCACAUACAUUUAU